CUGCAGGUGCUGUUGUGCACUGUUCCCGAGCUCCGGGAGGGGGCGCUGAUGAGUAACUUCUGCACUGAGCCACCGGCGGAGUGAAACAGGGAAGAAGACUGUUUAAAACAUUUACAUGUGAUACUUUGGUUUAGCACAAUGUCGAAAAUAAAGCGUAUUAUCUGGCCUCAGGUAAUUCUGUUUGGAGACUCGAUUACACAGUUUUCUUUCCAAGCCCAAGGAUGGGGCUCUGACAUAGCACACAAGCUUGCGAGAAAGUGUGACGUGGUGAACAGAGGUUUGUCUGGAUACAACACUCGAUGGGCGAAAUUGGUUCUUCCCCGGAUCAUCCCAAAUCAUGGUGCUUCUCAUCCUCCUAUCGCAGCAGUGACCGUGUUCUUCGGUGCCAACGACUCUGCUCUGGAAGAUAAGAACCCACAGCAGCAUGUUCCUUGUGAGGAAUACUCAGAGAAUCUGAAGGACAUAGUUAAAUAUCUGGCCUCAGCUGGCGUACCUAAGGACAAGGUCAUAUUCAUCGCUCCUCCACCAAUUCAAGAAGCUCUCUGGGAAAAAGAGUGCAUACUAAAAGGAUGCUCUCUGAACCGUCUGAACUCUGUGGCUGGUCAGUACGCUCAGGCAUGUGUCCAGACGGCAGGACAGUGUGGAGUGGACGUGAUCGACCUCUGGUCCCUCAUGCAAAAAGAUGGAGAGGACUACUCAGUGUAUCUCUCAGAUGGCUUGCACCUCUCUGAGAAGGGCAACCAGUUUGUAGCCGAGCACGUGUGGAGACUGUUGGAGAGCAAAGUGGCUGAUUUACCCUUCAUCCUGCCUUACUGGGCUGAUGUAGACUGUAAGAACCCUGAGAACAGCCUACUGGGUGAUUAGCGUCAGCAACCACACAGAACUUCUAAAAUCUCAUGCAGUUUUACUCUAACUGGUUCUGUCUUUUAUGUCUUUUUCUGUCCGAUUUGCACUGAGGCUUUGUGUAUGAUGGCGGGAUGAGAAAAAGGAAAACCAGGUGCUUGGCUAAUGAUGAUGCCUGACUCAAGUAGCAGUGUGUUCACAUCAUGUUGGAAUUACAAGAUGGAAGCUCAGAGGUUCUGCUGUGAACUUUUUAAAUCUCCUUUGACUCACAAAAAGUUUAGUUUAUAAAGCUGACAUACUGUAAACUUAAACUAUUAUUUGUCAAUACUAGAAAAUGAAUUAUAGAUAUGUAUUAUAGACAUGAGUUAAAUACUGAUUUUAUACUCUUAACUAUUUUAAUUGUGGAAGUCAGAAGCAUGUAAUGACCAACGACUGUAAUUCCAACACAAUGUGAAUAUACAAUAAUAGAGGGCAUUAUGCUGUUAAUUCAGUGAAUACUUUAUUUUCUAAUGUCUGUGCACAGGUCAUUUUUUGCUGUAAUAUUAAAUCAGUUUUAAUGUCAAUACAACAGCGGACAAGUCCGGUGCAAUGCAAGCAGGGCAGCAGUAAUCUGUACACCAAGCCGUUGACAUUGAUUUGUAUUGACAUUUUGAUUAGCUUGAUUGCAGUCCCUUCAUUACUCAUGAAAGAGCAAUUAUUGCACUGUUUUAUCAGAACCAAAACACUCAUCAGGUAUUAAUCACCUAUAUAAAUAAAAUGAAUUAACGUGUGUGUGCAGGACUGUGCUCAGACUUGGAAUUAGCAUUUGUGAUUAAGAUGGUUUGUCUGUAAUGACAGGUUGGGUUCAUGUACUCAAUUACUUGUUUCUUACUGCAUUGAUAAACAGUGAUUGAAGGAUGUGAUUAAAUGGGUUGGGUUUCUA